AUAGGAGUCACACAGCAGCAGCAGUGGCAGCAGCUCUCCCUGAAGGCGGACAUGGGUGUUCCUCCUCCUCCAAACACGCACGACUUCCACGCGUUUUUGUUCCUGGUCUCACAGUCUCGACUUGGAUCGACAGCCGCGGUCAUGUUCGGUCGUUUCACGCCGCUCUGAGGGGAAGUUUGCGCUGCGUCGACACACGGGGAGCACUUUUCUUGUCGCGCGGAUCGGCGCUUGGCUGAAUUUGGGCAGGAAUGGUUUCGAGGAGCGCGCCGCGUCCUGCUCCUGCGUGCAGGAAGGAAGAAGUUCACACAGCCGCGGCUCCUUCGGUGCUUUACACUUUGACUGGCUUUUAAUAGAAGAGAGAGAACCGAAGGGAGACCGAUGAGCAACCACAAGGGCGGCGGGAUGGACUCGAAAGAGAGGCUGCACGAGCUGUGGAUGUUGUACAACACGAAGAAAGACGUGGGCCACCUGCAGCAGUGGCUCGAGGCUUUUGUGGCGUCCUUCGAGAGGCUCAUCGAUGUGCAUUCACUGGAGCCUCGGAGGCCGGAGGAGUGCAGCUCUGAGGUGCCCCUGCUCCCCCGGGAGGUCCUGGUGUUCCUCAGCACCCAGCUUUGGCACAGCUUCCUGCACCUCUCCAGCGCCACCGAGCAAAACAGCAGCGCCCCGCACCCACUGCUCCUCAUCAAGUUCUUCAUCAUUGUCUGCAGGAAUAUGGAGAACAUCGACCAAGAGAAGACCCCCGGCUUUGUUUUUGAAUCUAUCAGGCUUUUAAAUUUCUGCUUGGACCAGCUAAAACAUGGACUAGGCGAGCAGUCCUCUCUGCAGCUGGUUGUGGAGCAUGGACUGGUGCUUUGUGAGAGUCUGUUUGACCCUUAUCAGACGUGGAGGAGACGCCUAGCAGGGGAGGAGGUGAGCUUGCUGGAGAGGAACAAAUAUAAGUUCUCCCCGCUGGCCUUGCCAGAGGAGCUGCCUGCUCUCUUCCAUGAAAGUCUACAGGAAAGCGAGCAGAUCCCAGAGAUUCUCUUGCUCAAACUGGUCCAUCUCCAGGGAGCGGUCAUCAGCGGAGGAAAGAAGAAUGGCCUUCUCUCCAUCACCCCUCACUCAGUUGAGGACCUGCUCUCCGUUUUGCGUGCAUGGUGCUGCCGGGCCUCCUCUGAACCCAAGGACACGGGGCUCCCACGCAUGACCUUGCAGUGCCUGACAGCGAUGAUCCACCUCCUGCAUUCCAGCAGCCCUGCAGAGCGGCAGGUGGAGAUCAGGACGAUACUGGAGGGCUACUUCCAGCUCCUCAACUGGAACCGUCCACUGAGCAGCGAGCAGCAGGACCGACAGAGCUGGGAAGACAGUCAGCUCUCGCUCCAGAGCCAAAUGCUAACUGCUGUUCCGGAGAUCCUGGAGUGCCCUGACAGACCAGUCCUGCAGGCUGUCUUCCUGAACAACAACUGCUUCGAACACAUCCUCAGGCUAAUUCAAAACAGCAAGCUCUUUCAGAGCAACAGCCGCAGGCCGGAGCCUGACGGUGUGUGCGACCUCGCCACACAGUUGCUCACAGAGGUCGAAGUGGACCAGGUUUGGGAGAAAGGAUCGGACAGUAUUACGGUUCAUGCCUUAGGAGUCCUCACUUCUAUCAUGAGUAACUCGCCCUCUGCAAAGGAGGUUUUUAAGGAGAGGAUUGGUUACUCCCAGCUGUUUGAUGUGCUGAAGAGUCAAGGUCAACCCACCAAAAGGCUGCUGCAGGAGCUGAUGAACAUGGCAGUGGAGGGCGAGCAUAUGCACGCUCAUCACCUCGGCAUUAGUAACGACCAGCCCUUGCUGCUGCUCCUGCAGUGGCUACCUGACCUGUCGGGUCAGAGGGACCUUCAGCUGCUGGUGGCGCAGUGGCUGGCCACCGUCUGCCGCGGCUCCUUUGCCUGCCGCACCGUGGCGGUGGAGGCAGGCAUGGUGGGGGCUCUGCUGCAGGUGCUCUCCCAGCCACAGAGUCUGGACAGGCAGUGUGCCGACGCUCUCCUGGGUCUCCUGCAGGACUUGGGCUCCCUGUGUCUAAAACCAGAGGAGCUGAAGAGUCUCCUCAGACUGCUCAGGUUGGAUCAGGACAGUGGCGCAGCACUGGGGAGGGUGCACCCCUACUGCACCCGCGUCAUCCGAGUGCUCUCGGCCAUGGCAGCCAGAGAAGGCCAGGACAGUGCCUUGCAGUACUUUGAUCUGACGCCCCCCAUGGCAGGCAUCAUGGUGCCCACAGUCCAACGCUGGCCAGGCAGCGGGUUUGCCUUUCACGCUUGGCUCUGCCUAAACAAGGAGUUCCCCUUCUCUCAAUCAGAGUUCCCCAACAACAACAGACCUCGGGCCAACUCUCGCAGUGGGGAUGUGGUUAAAGGGCCUCGCAGGAAGCAGCUCUACAGUUUCUUCACAGCGAGUGGGACUGGACUGGAGGCCUUCUUCACCAUGGAGGGUGUUCUGGUUGUGGCUGUUUGCACUAAGAAAGACUACAUGGCUGUCGCUCUGCAAGAGCACCCACUAAAUGACUCACGCUGGCACUCAGUGGCUAUAGUCCACCUCCCGGGCCGUCGUCCAUUCGGUCAAAACCUGGUGACCAUCUACAUCGAUGGAGAGCAAUGCAAAAACUCUCAGCUUCGUUUUCCAUCUCUCAGUGAGCCUUUCACCUCCUGCUGCAUCGGCUCUGCAGGCCACCGGACCACUACCACCACCACCUCCCCCAACCUGGCCACGAACCCAACCACCCCCCCAUCACCCGAGUUUGCUUUCCCUGUCCACGGCCCCUCCCUAAUCCGUUCCCAGUCUUUCCCGGCCUCCUUUGCUGGGGGCCACUGGGGCUCUACGUGCGACAACGCUGCGCACACCAUCCCCGCAGGACUGCAGGACACCGAGUGGGGGACACCCUCGUCUCUGGACGGUCUCCUGGGCACCGCCUUCAUCUGCCACGAGGCUCUGCAGCUGACCCAGACUCGAGCUCUUUACGCUGCAGGCCCCAAUCACGUGUCCUUAUUCAAAGCAGAUGGAGAAUUAUCUGAUCUCAACAGCAAACUUCUGCUCUACUACACUCCACAGGCCUUUAAGAGCCAGAUAUGUCUGGACCUGUCUCCCAAUCACCAGUAUGAUGGCAGGCUGACGGGACACAGGGUCGUCAACUGGGACAUCAAGGAUGUCGUCAAUGUGAUGGGAGGCGUAGGUGUUCUGUUGCCGCUGAUCGAGCAGGUGUGCGAGGCCGAGCAGUUUUACAACAGUGGUCAGGAGAUCUCAGACCUGCUCGGACCGGAGCUCACCUCCUCCAGAGGCCCCGCUGCCAUGCUGCUGCCGCUGAACAUGUCCGCAGAGGGCCGACUAGAGACAAACAGCAUUGCUGCUUUCCUGCUGAUGGUGAAGAACCUGAUUCGUCAUCACCCUGUAAAUCAAGAGAGCCUGUUGCUCUGCCACGGGCCGAGCGUCAUAGGAGCCAUGCUCAGCAAAGUUCCCGGCAGUUUGAUCGACAUGAACGUGUUGAUGGCCUGUCAGCUGCUGCUGGAGCAGGUUUUCAAAGACGGCAACAGUCCACUACUGCAGCAGCUCUACCAGCACCUGCUCUUUGAUUUCCGCAUCUGGACCAAAAGCCAUUUUGCUGUUUGUCUGGCCCAUGUGCAGUACCUCUCAUCUGUGAUAAACAAAGGCAAGCAGCGCAUGAAGAGGAAGUAUGGAGUGCAGUACAUCCUGGAUACCAUCCGGACGUUCUACAGUGUGGAGAAAGAUGGCAGCUCUCUGUCCGAUGAGAAGCAAACGAUCCAGACCUCCCUGUUCUCCUUGCUGAAGGACUUCCUCAAGUCUCCGACACCAGAGGAGCUCCACAGCGUCCUCGCCUACAUUCUGACUGUAGGAGAGGAGAAGCAGGUCGUGAUGGCUCUGGAUUUGCUGUAUGGGCUGUUGAGGAGCAGCCCUCCGCGGGAGCAGGUGCAGGCCGUGCUGCUGGAGUGGGGCGUGGAGCAGCUGUACUGCCUCCUGCUCACUCCCAGCUUCGGAGACGAGGCCAGAGAGAGGGUGUUCAGGGUUCUAUACAAAAUCCUCAAGAGCGAGCGGGUGUCCGAGCGGAACAAGCAGCGCAUCAAGCUGAAGGAUUUCGGCUACCUCGGCCUGGUGUGUGUCCUCGAAGAUGUUCCCGUCAGCAUGAUCACUGUGCGCUGUCUGUACGAGCAGGUUCUCGCUACAGAUCCCAGCCCUAACUUCAGGGACCUCCUGGCUGUGGUCUGUCUGUCCCACCGAGCCGAGCUCAACGUGCGUCUGGACGUCUGUCGCAAGCUCUUUCACCUGAUCUACUCCAACGAGGAUUAUGUGAAGCAGCUCGCGAAGCAGCCCGGCUGGCAGGACGUUCUCACCAAACUCUAUGUGAAAGAGUGCUACGAGGUCCACACUGACAUCAUUGGAGACCCGGGCACAGACGGCUCCUUUGAACCGAAUCACCGGCCAAAGCUGCAGCGAGAGCAGUCUCUGGUCAUAGAGGACACCCGCAGCGACAUGUUCCUCAGCUACCCCUCGCAGGACAUGGAGGACGAGGAGGAGGAAGACGACGGUGGCCAGCGGGACAUUUCCGAGGGAUCCGAUUUAUCCCAGUCGCCUCCGAGUGGAGGUGGAGGCCCCCGUAAAAAGUUAAGCUCCCACCACUUCAAGUCGUUUGAUUCAGCCGACCAGGGCAGCCAGUCAUCCUCCAUCUUCAAUGCAGUGGAUAUCACCUCGUCUUGCCCCAAUGAAGAGGGGAGGGAGUACCAGCCGCUCUCGCCCUUUGGUACAUCACCUUUGGAUUUGGACCUCGGGGGACUGGGAGACAUGGGAGCACACACUCCUGCAGGGAGUCUGAAUAACACACCGUCUCCUCUAGAGCACUGCAAACCGUUUCCUCCACUCAGACCCAGGAAGAGCUCCAGUCUGUCCAAUGUGCUGGAUGAAACGAGCUAUGGGACGGACCCUCCCACUGGAGACACAAUCUCCAACACGUCCAACCCCCAGGUACACCUCGGCGGAAUCCUUUCAAAUAUGCAGACCCCUGAAGAGGAGCUGUGCAACAUCCUCACCAACAUCGUCUUCAACGUCCUGUGGAGCGGCAGCGGGGCAGAGGGGGCGGGGGACGUGGUGUGGAGGGAGAGGGGACAGGUCUUUUCUGUUCUCACCAAACUGGGCUCAUCCUGCCAACUGGUCCGCCCUCCCGAUGACAUCAAACGCAGUUUGUUGGAGAUGAUGCUGGAGUCGUCUCUGUCGGACCUGAGAGACGCCCAGGGAGUGUCCCUGCCUUUCUGUCCAAGUCUGGUCCGACUACUCAGGCUGCUGCAGGACUUCCUGUUUGCUGAGGGUACAGACAACCGUGCACUGUGGAGUGAAAAGAUAUUUGAAGGGGUGGUGAACCUGCUGGACAAGUUACAGGCCUGGCAUAGCACCCCUGGCAGCCCCGGCCACGCCGAGCUGAAGGAGAUGGCCCAAAUCGGCCUGCGCAUCAUCACCGGAUACAUUCAGCAGCAGCACUCACAGGUGUGUGUGAUGGCCUGUGUGAAGCUCCACAGCCUCCUGCAGACUGUGCUGUGCCUGAGCUGGGAGGAGGUGUGCUUCCUGCUGGGACAGCUGGGCGCCCCGCUGUGGCCAGGAGGUGUAAUGGACGGCAGCAACUGCGCACACCCGGAGACCUUCUCCCAGCUGGUGCCCGUGGUGCGAACCCUGCUCGAUCAGCACGCUGACCCCGUCACCCUCCAGAAGCUGCUGCCCAACCUGCCCAUCACCAACGGCAGCCCCACGUUCGCCCAGGACCUGAAGGUUUACUGUCACACGGUGGAGUGGCAGGGCUUUUACCAGCAGGAGGUUCAACCCACCAUGGAGCAGUAUGAGCUGGACACAUUCGGCCGUUGCCACGACAUCAUGUCUAACUUCUGGAACUCGUGCUUCGACGACCUGAUGAGCACGGUCUUCAAACGGGACAAAGACAGAUCUGACAGCAAAUCAAAGUUUCAGGAAGUGAUCGUGGACCCUCAAGAGAAGCGAGUCAGAAUUGAGAAAAACAGGUACUCCAGUUCGCAGAAGCUUAUCUCCAGCCAGCAGGGGGUGGUGUUGCAGCACUGGAGAGCUCUCCGCAGGCUGUUGACCAGUGAGAGAGGAGCAUGGGCCCACAGAGUUCCACCGGAGGUGAAGUGGAAACUGUCCAACGCAGAGACAUAUUCGAAGAUGCGCCUCAAACUUGUUCCCAACUACAACUAUGAUCCUCACAUCGAGGCCAGUGCCCUGAGGGACAACAUGGGAGCUGACAGCCCUCGCAGCUCUGAACCUCUCCCAUUGGCUGUUGCCAAGGAAGCAAAAGUGAGCGACAUGGAGGAUGAUCAGUUAGGAGAAGAGGACCUCGUCUUUUUGGACGAUAAGGUGGAGGGAGAAGACGAGAGCCAGAAAGAGAAACUGGUUCUGUCUGAGGACUGUGAGCUCAUCACCAUCGUGGCGGUCGUUCCCGGUCGUCUGGAGGUUACCACGCACCAUCUCUACUUCUAUGAUGGCAACAGUGAGAAAGAAGAGACGGAAGAGGGAAUCGGGUUUGAUUUCAAGAGGCCUCUGUCUCAGCUCAGAGAAGUUCAUCUGAGGCGCUACAACCUGCGACGCUCUGCGCUGGAGCUGUUCUUCAUAGAUCAGUCUCACUACUUCCUCAACUUCAAAAAGAAGGUACGAAACAAAGUAUAUUCCAGGAUCCUGGGGCUGCGGCCUCCCAACCUGUUUUACUUUGGCUCCCGCUCCCCUCAAGAGCUCCUGAAGGCAUCUGGGCUCACACAGAAAUGGGUGUGCAGGGAAAUCUCCAACUUUGAGUAUUUGAUGCAGCUGAACACCAUCGCUGGACGCACUUACAACGACCUGUCGCAGUAUCCUGUGUUCCCCUGGAUUCUGUGUGACUACACCUCGCCUAUUCUGGAUCUGGAGAACCCGGCCGUUUUCAGAGAUCUGUCAAAACCCAUCGGUGUGGUCAACGCACGCCACGCACAGAAUGUCAGAGAGAAGUAUGAGAGCUUCGAGGACCCCACGGGCACCACGGAUAAAUUCCACUAUGGCACACACUACUCAAAUGCAGCAGGGGUCAUGCACUACAUGAUCCGCAUGGAGCCGUUCACCACCCUGCAUAUCCAGCUGCAGAGUGGCAGGUUUGACUGUGCUGACCGACAGUUUCACGCAGUGCCAGCCGCCUGGCAAGCUCGCAUGGAGAGUCCCGCUGACGUCAAGGAGCUCAUCCCUGAGUUCUUCUACUUCCCAGAAUUCCUGCAGAACAUCAACGGAUUCGACCUGGGACAUCUGCAGAUAUCUCAGGACCCUGUGGCGGAUGUGCUGCUGCCUCGCUGGGCCUCGUCGAAAGAGGACUUCAUCAAGCAACACAGGAAAGCUCUGGAAUGUGAGCACGUGUCCAAUCACCUUCACGAGUGGAUUGACCUGAUCUUUGGUUACAAGCAGAGAGGUGAAGAGGCAGUGAAGGCACUCAAUGUCUUCUACUACUGCACCUACGAAGGUGCAGUGGAUUUGGAUGCAAUAGCCAACGAGAAUGAGCGAAAGGCCCUGGAAGGCAUCAUCAGCAACUUUGGUCAAACGCCCUGUCAGCUCCUGAAGGAGCCUCAUCCUACUCGUAUGUCGGCUGAGAACGCAGCUAGGCGGCUGGCCCGCCUGGACACCGUGCCCCCGAAUAUCUUUGAGGAGCUCAAGAAACUCAGACCCUUUGUGGAGGUGGUGUGUGACGGGCUUCCUCUGGUGCAGGCAGUGGUGCCAAAGAACCAGAAUCGUUCCUUCAUCAUUCAGGGCUCAGACAUACUGGUGACUGUGAGUUCAAACGGGUUGAUAGGAACACACAGCUGGCUGCCGUACGACAAAAACAUUGUCAACUACUUCACCUUCACUAAGGACCCAACGAUGACUAACCCCAAGACGCAGCGUUUCCUGAGUGGACCUUUCUCUCCCGGGGUGGAGAUCAGUGCUCAGGUGCUGGUGGUGUCCAACGAUGGACGCCUGCUGUUCAGCGGAGGACACUGGGACUGUAGUCUCCGCGUCACCCAACUGGCCAAGGGCAAGCUGGUGGGCAGGAUCUGCCGGCACGUCGACGUAGUGACUUGCUUGGCUCUCGACCUCUGUGGCAUCUACCUCAUCUCAGGUUCAAGAGACACCUCCUGUAUCGUGUGGCAGGUCCUGCAGCAGGGUGGUUUCUCCAGCGGCUUGUCUCCUCGGCCGGUGCAGGUUCUCUGCGGACACGACCAGGAGGUCACCUGUGUGGCCAUCAGCACUGAAGUGGACAUGGCUGUCUCAGGGUCAAAGGACGGGACUGUGAUCGUGCACACUGUCCGACGAGGCCAGUUCCUGCGAACCCUGCGACCCCCCAGCAGCAGCUGUGUGCCCGCCCAGAUCUCUGAGCUCCAGGUCGGCAGUGAAGGUCACAUUGUGGUGCAGACGACGCCAGAGGAAAACUCCCACAAGAAGGGCAAGUACUCCAUUCAUGUUUACUCAGUAAAUGGCUGCCUGCUGGCCUCCCUCAACAUGGAGGAGCAGGUGACUGCUCUGCACCUGGUGUCUGAAUACGUCAUCCUGGGCACCAUGCAGGGCAGCCUCCAUAUACUGGACUUAUACAGUCUGGACGCUCCGGUGACGCCCCUGGCAUUGAAGGUUCCUGUGAGGAGUGUGUCCGUGACAAAGGAGUGCAGCCACAUCCUUGUGGGACUGGAGGAUGGAAAGCUGAUUGUUGUGGGGGCAGGGAAGCCCGAGGAGGUUCGCUCGGGACAAUUCCCCCGUCGCCUGUGGGGCUCCACUCGCCGCAUCUCUCAGGUGUCGUCAGGUGAAACUGAAUACAAUCCCACUGAGAAUGCUGGGAAAUGAGAGGAGCAAUGGUGGAGGACCUCUGUGGACUCAACGAGGCCUUUCUUCCUCUACAAGCUGGGCGACUGUCCUCCUCAGCCACUGAUCUCUCUGAGAGAGCAACUAUACACUGAGCACUUUUUUAAAAUUCUGCAAUGAUUUGAUAUUUUAUUGCGUAUUUCUUAUUGCGUAUUUCUUUUUUCCAGUUGUGUAUCAGCAUCAUUCCAAAGAGUGGCCUUGUUUAAUGGAGAGCUAAGAGCUCGGUGUUUGCGGAUUGUCAGACUAUUUACACUGAGUCGUGUUUCAAGGAAGUGACUCACUGAUGCACACUCGGCCUCAGACACACAGACAGAAAAGUGCUGUGAACUUCAUGUUCUCGGCUCGUUUUUCCUGUCAAGAGGCACAGCCGCCAUCUCCGGGCUGCUGAACGCCUUUGGCCAUGGUGCCUUCGUAAAAAAGACUCCUCGAAAACUUGAAAAUCCACUGCAGACGUUGCUUGAGAUUUCCACAUUGCAAUACCUGUGGGCACCACAAGAGAGAGACACAUGUGGCAGGGUGGGGGGGGGGGGGGGAGGGGAGACAAGCGAUCACAAGUGAGCCUUUGCUGUGUUAUCAUUUUUAGCGGUUGACGUCAAGACUAGCUGAGGCUUUACACCCGAAGUGCGCCACAGCUUCACAGUGUAUAACUCUGCAUUCCUGUGGCUCUGAGCAAUGUACAACUGUUACAAUUAAAGCAAUAACUGCUUUAAUGGUUUAUGUAUGUUGAAUAUAUUCUCUCUUUUUUUUUUUUGGAUCUCGAUUGUUGAGCUUGGCCGACUGUGGCCUCACACACACAACAGCGUGGAAGUCUGGUACACACACACGACUCUGUCCCUGUUUGAUUUGAUCGGAAAAGUGCCUUUCUAAAGCUUGAGCCAUGUGUAAACACUGAAAUCCAAACGCAGAUAUGUCCGAUUUCUUUCCCAAAUCACACCCCAGCACUCGGCCUUGACUCCGACGUGGAUGAGAUGUCCAUGAACUCAGUGAACUAAUGGACAGCUGGUUGUGAACAGUGUCCCUGCGAGCGCCUAAAAACUUCUGAAGACAAGAUGACUGCGAAACACGUGAGCGGAGCGUCUGUGAGCCAGCUUCAGAGGAAUUCACUUCCUGCCAGCGUCUUUUACUGCGGUCGGAACAGAGUGGUUGUUAUGCCGUGUCAUGACAGGAGUGAGACAGAGGAAACUAUUUGGGAGAAUACAACACCCACAACAUGGAGCACACACACAAAUUACCAUGUCUUUGUAACUGAUGCUCAGAAUGACCACAAGCGAGGAGAAAAAAAAAAAAAAGCUCUAUUUGAGAGGUUGUCACAGAAACUGUACAGAAAAUCACAUUUUAAUCAGAUUAUACAACUAUGACUACUGAAUAUAAAGGGUUGUUUGCAUUUGCAGCUGUGGAAUACUCCAGUUUGCUGUUGUGCACACUGAUAACGGUUUAUAAUAACACUGCACUGGUUUUCUCUUAGUGUUAUGAAUGUAAUUGUUUUUUCUCGCGUAACUAUGCAGUAACACUGAAUCAGUUUUGCAGUCGGGUUGGGUCUUUACAGUCAUCAGAUUCACAUCACUUUCAGAAAGGGGUUUUAAAUCGUGCUGUAUAUAAUGUAUUUGAUGACAUUUGUUGUUCAACUGUGCCCAUAAAUAUGUUGAUUGUGUAAAAAGCCUUAAGA